UCCAACCAGUAUAAAUGUAUAAGGUGUUACUUCAAGUCAGUGCCAACACCAAAGCACAAAGAUAAGAGAGAAAAAUUCAAAACUGUUGAUUUCAACCAGAGCUCUGAUCAGUUUUCACAGUGAGGCCUUCACACUCCGAAUUUUAUUUUCUAAUUAAUUUUUUUCUUCUUCUCGAGGGCAGUUUUUUUUUGUUCGUGUUUUCUUUCAGCUUGUCUGUGUAGAGCAGUGUUGUGUGGAGGGCUGAGUGCAGUCCCAGUGUGGUAACAGUGGUGGAGUUGGAGGUGGAGGGUGCGCAUCUUAAAACCUGCUAAUCCUGCUGCUGCCCUCAAUCUGCGCCUGCCUGCACCGGAGGAGGCGUCAGGACGGACUCUCUCUGCUCCACUGCGGACAAACUUUACAGCACCCACCGCAGAUGAAAUAAUCAGCUCCGAGUCUCAAACUUUUCCUCUGUUUUUACGCACCCGCUGGAUUAAAAACAAAAAACAAAAAACAGAAGCGCCUCGUUCCGCUAGUGGAGACAUUUCCUCGGAGUUAAUCCUAAUUCCCCGGAGGAUUUGAAAUAUCUGCCGCGAUGAGCGCAGCGGAGACCUCAGACACCGACUCCAACAAGCUGGAGUCCGUGAUCCAGAGGUUGGAGGAGAGCGUUUUGUCAGAGGAGGAGAAGAGGUUGACGGUGAGGGGACCUUCACCAGACGCCCCCCCUACAUGUCUACCGGCCAGAGUACGAGAAAUUGUCACAAAGAACCUCAACGAUAGCACUGGAGCCAUGUCCUCGGUCAUGUCCAUCCAGGAGGAGAACCGGGUGCUGCAGGGAGAACUGGCCCGUCUGGAGGACCUGCUGGCCCACAGCAGAGCCGACCGAGACGAGCUCGCCAUCAAGUACGGGGCCAUUAGUGAGAGGCUGGAGCAGGCGCUGCGUUUUGAAACAGGAGACCAUGAUUCACCGGAGUCCCGCAGCUUGGCCCAGCAGAACGUGGAUCUACGCAGGCGGCUGGACGAGGAACAAGCGGCCUACAAGCGCAAACUCACCGCGUACCAGGAGGGACAGCAGAGGCAGGCGCAGCUCGUGCAGAAGUUACAGGCCAAAGUGCUUCAGUACAAGAAGAGGUGUGGAGAUCUGGAGCAGAUGCUGCAGGAGAAGUCCUCUGAUGUGGAGAAACACAGGCAGGAUGGCCACAGCGAAGCAUCAAAUGGGCGUCAUCAAGACGAGGCCAGCAGCAACCUGGAGGACGCUUUAAUCCGUCUGGAGGAAGAACAACAGAGGAGCAGCAGUUUGUCUGCGGUGAACGCGAUGCUGAGGGAGCAGUUGGAGCAGGCGGGUUUGGCCAAUGAGGCGCUCAGCCAGGACAUCCGCCGCCUCACUGCUGAUUGGACAAAAGCCAGAGAGGAGCUGGAACAGAAGGAGUCUGACUGGAGGAGAGAAGAAGAGUCUUUUCACAGCUACUUCAGCAGUGAACACGGUCGCCUGCUGAUGCUGUGGCGACAAGUGGUUGGGUUCAGGAGGCAUGUCUGUGAAAUGAAGAGCGCCACUGAAAGGGACUUGUCAGAUAUGCGUAAUGAGCUGGCCCGGAUGUCCCACUCUGCUCAGGUGUCCUGCACUGGUCUGUCCACUACACUGUACAACCGGGAGGGAGGAGCAGCUCUGGCUCUGGAGCGAGAGAAAGCUCUGAGGGUUCAGCUGGAGCAGCAGCUCAGAGAUCGAGUGUCAGAGAUGAUGAACCUUCAGACCAGAACAGAUGCAGAGAGGAGUGAGCUCAGCGUCAGGUUGUCAGAUUCAAUGCGAGAAGGGGAGAAGCUGAAAGGCCAAAUCGAGGAGAGAGACAGAGAAAUUGUAACGCUAACGAGGAGGCUUGAGGAGCAGAGCGGCAGUGAUGAGACCGACAUGCAGAUGAUGAGAGUUCACACUGAGACACUGCUGGACACACUGCGGGACAUCGCUCAGACCGUUUUAUCAGACGGCGAGUCGUCAUCCGAAGCGGAUCAGGACAACUCUGGUGUUCCGCUGCUGGCGUUGAUCCGUGACUCCUCCCCUCGUAGGCCGUCCUCCCCCACUCGACCCCCCUCACUGUUUCCUCCCCCAGAGGCAGCUCUGUCGGCUCUCCGCUCCGCCGUCACAAACAAGACGCUCCAGCUGCAGGAUGUUCGAGGUCGUCUGCUCUCUGCCCAGUCCUCGGUACAGCAGCUACGAAAGCAACUUUUGGAGUCUGAUUCGGCGAAAAGAGAGGCAGAGCAGCGAAAUCAAACCCUGCAGCGAGAGAGAGACGCUGCUCACAGGGAAAGAGAAACUUCCCAGAGAGAAAAGGACCGUCUGAAGCAGGAGAGAGACACACUGGCCAGUGAGAAGGUGAACUUGGAGAAGGCAGUUCAGGCAGCGCAGAGCAGCAGCCACAUCCUGCAGAUGGACUGUGAGAAGCUUCAGCUGACUGUGGCGUCGGUGCAGCGAGAGCGAGAUCACGAGAGGGAGGAGAAGGAGGCGGCCAUCCAGGAGAGAGACCGGGCCAAGGCAGAGACUCAGAGGAUAACGAAGCAGUGGGAUCAGAGCGAGAGUCGAGCCUCUGCUCAGCGAGGCGAGUUGUCUGCAGUGAGGGAGACUCACCAGCAGGGGGAAGUGGAGAGGCAGCUGCUGGAGCGAGAGAAGGUCCAACUGACUGAAGCUCUGGCUCGGGCUGAGAGCAGGAACACCGAACUGUCUCUGCUGCUCAACAAGCUUCAGUCUGAGGACGCAGCUCUCCGAGACUCUUUGGCAAAGCUGGGCAGCAUGAAUGAGGGUCUGGCCCAGGACAAAACUGACCUCAACACCUACAUCCUCCAGCUUGAGGAGGAGAAGGCCCUGCUGCAGGGUCAGAAACGUGAGGCGGAGCAGGAGAAGCUGACCAUCAGAGACGAGCUGGUCCGGUUGGAGCAGGACCGGCUGGAGCUGGAGUCGACCCGCAUCACGCUGCAACAGUCACUGCAGGACGCCGAGCUGAGCCGGGUGGGGAUGGAGGCCGAGCUGCACAGUCUCAGGACGGACAGACUGAAGCUGCAGGAGAAAGUAACCCAGCUCUGUGGCGAGGUCACCUCUCUGGGUUCAGAGUUGAGUCUCGCCAAAGGAGAGGGCCAGAGGAACGAGGUGGCUUUAGAGGAGGCCGGCCGCAGUCGGGCUGAACUGGCCCGAGACAAAGCAGCUCUGGUGGUCCAGCUGACGGCAUCUGAAAGAGAAAACGCCAUGCUGUCAGAGGAACUGGCCGCUUUCAGGUCGGAGCGGGAGUCCCUGGAAACCAGCCUGUUCGAUGUGCAGCAGCAGCUCGUUCAGGUGGAGUCUCGCAGAGAGCAGCUGGAAACAGAGAACCAAAACCUCCGAGUCCGCUGUGAGACGGCUGCAGCUGAGGUGCGGCGUGUACGCUCAGAUGGGGAGAAUGCUUUGGCUCAGACCGAGAGGGAGAAACAGGCUCUGACUCAGACUCUAAAUGCUGCACAGCUGGAGGCCCAGCAGGCUUUACGCAAGACCAUCUCUGAGCAUCAGGAGGAGGUGGAAAGGCUGGUCUCAGAAAAGGAAGUCUUACGACACAGCUUGCUGAUGGAGCAUGAGGUUGCCGUGAGGAAGCUCAGGCAGGAGACGGAAGAUCAGCUCCACAGAGCGAAGAGAGAACAGGAAGAGAUGCGGGAUGAGCUGAGGACUCUGCAGCAUGACAGAGAUCAGUGUCUGCUGCAGGCCGAGACCGAGAAACAACAGGCCCUCUCUCUGAAGGAGGCAGAGAAGACGGUUCUGUCUGACAGAGUGUCCAGUCUGCAGGCUGAGCUGUCAGCUGCUGCGCUGGAGGCCGAUCGGAUGACCAGAGAAGCAGCUCAUUACAAAGAGCAGGAGCAGAUCAGAGUUGGAGCUCUGACCAGUGAGCUGCUGGAGCUUCGCUCUCAGCUGGAGGAUGCUGCCUCCGCUCACGAGCGAGAACUGAACAGUCUACGAGAGACUUGCACUGAUCUUCGGUCACGCACUGAUGUUGCUCUCAAAGAGCUGGAGCAGUGCAGAGCUUCUCUCUCAGCUGCUGAGGAGAGUCGAGACCAGUUGAGGCGGGAGAUGCUGGAGACUGAACGUCGUCUGACCCAAACUCAGGACUCAGCAGAGAACUACAGACGAGAGGGAACAGAGCUCCGUCGCAGCUUCUGUGACGCCACCAAAGAGAGAGACACUUUGAGCCAGUCCAACACUCAGCUGAGGGAAACUCUGCGAAGUGCAGAAACGGAGAGAAUCAGUGUGAAACGACAGUGUGAGGAGAAGGAGCAGAGGCUGGCAGUGCUGGAGGAGAAUUUUUCAUCCACUCAGAAGGAGGUGACGGAGCUGCGCAGCUGCCUGAGAGAAGUGGAAAGGUCUCGGCUUGAGGCUCGGCGAGAACUGCAGGAACUCCGCAGACAGCUGAAGGUUCUGGAGGGAGAGAAGGAGCAGAAAGGGAGGGAGGUGGCAGAGCUGCAGACUCGCCUCUUGCUGGAGGAGCAAAGAGAGGAAGAGAGGGCGAAGGAGGUUUUCAUCCUCAAACAGAAGCUAACCGAAGCUGAAACAACAAGAGAGUCCCUCAAGAAAGAGCUUUCUAUGACUCAAAAGCGUCUGCUGGACUCUGAGUGUGGCUGGCGCAGCUGUGAGAGGGAGCUAACCGCUCAGCUGCAGGAGGCUCGUGGCUGCGAGAAGAAGCUCCUGGAUGAAGCCAAGAACCUGUCGCUGCGCACUCAGGCAGCCCAGGACGUCGCUGCUCAGUCCAGCCUGCAGCUGAGCGAGGCGCAGGGCCGACUGGCCGCCACCGAGGCCGAGCUGGUCCGGGCCGAGGCUGGGAGGAGGGACCUGGAGUUUCGUCUGAGCAGUCUCCAGUCGGCGCUGACCCGAACUCUGGGCAUCGGAGCGGGAUGGAGAGGAACCAGAGGGAGGAGCCCAGGAGGAAGCUCUGCAUCAGGCGGCAGCAUGUCGCGCCACCACAGCAUCUCACCACUGCGCUCCUCGCUGUCACCUCCGAAAGAGUUUCGAGGAAGCACCCCUGACAACACCCUGGGUUCAGGAGGUGUUUCUCCUGAGAGAGGCAACACACCGCUGCCUCUCUCUCAGCCGGAGCUCGACCCCGACACCCUGAGAAGUGGCCUCAGGGAUUUCCUCCAGGAGCUGCGUGAAGCACAAAGAGAGAGGGAUGAUGUGCGAUGCCAGCUGGGGGCCGUGCAGAGAGAGCUGGAGGAGCUGAAGGGGGAACGAGAGUCUGCUCACAGUCGACUGACUCAGCUGCAAAGCACCUUACGGGAGUACCAAGAAGGGAGGCGUGGACUGGACGAGCGUCUGAUCACCACUCAGAUGCUGCUGCAGCAGCAGGAGGAGGCGGUGAGGAGAGGAGACAGAGAGAGGAGAUCUCUGUCCGACAGGGUGAAGGAUUUAGAGAGAGCGCUGCAGGCGUCUGAGACGGAUAAGAAGCACACACAGGAUCUGUUAAAUAAGCAGCGCGCUGCUGAGAUGCGUCUGGAGGCGGAGAGGAGGCGUCUGCGGGAGGCGCUGGAGGCAGCUGAAGCUCGAGCCACCAGGGUGGAGCUGGGGAGGCGCAGCCUGGAGGGGGAGCUGCAGAGACUCAAACUGAGCCUGGGAGACAGAGAGGCUGAGAGUCAGGCCUCCCAGGACCGCCACGACUCUCUAAUCAAACAGGUGGCGGAAGGAGAAGCUCGUGUGUCUCUGCUGCAGAGGGAGGUGGAGAGGCUGAGUCAGGCUCUGCUCAAAGCUCAGGAAGGUGAAUCUGUACUCAAAGAAAAGACCGCUUCUCUGAAUCAGGCUCUCCAGGAGGCAGCGGCAGCUCACAGCGGCUCCCAGAGUCGUCUGGCUGCUCUGCAAAAGACACUAAGUGUAGCUGAACAGGACAAAAGGCUUCUGCAGGAACGAAUGGAUGAAGCCCGGGCAUCAUCAGCUGAGGCUAAAAGAAGCAUGGCCGCCCUCACGGAGCGGGCGCAGACCCUGCAGAGUGAACUGAACCAGAGCGAACUGCGGCGAGAAGAACUGGAGGCCGAGCUCAACAACACUCAGGAGGCUCUGCGUCAGCGUUCAGCCACUCUGCUGGAGUCUCAGCGCAGCGCCCAGGCAGCUCAGACGGAGCGGGCCGCUGUGGAGGAGCGACUGCGAGGGCUGCAGAGAGCCGUCGCCAUGCUGGAGACAGAGAAGAAGGAUGCUGAGAGGCAGGCGGUGAGGCUGGAGAAGGACAAGAACGCACUGAGGAACACACUGGACAAGGUUGAGCGUCAGAAGCUGAAGUCUGAAGAAGGCAGCAUGCGUCUGUCUGCAGAGAAAGGUCGGCUGGAUCGUUCUCUAAACACAGCCGAGCAGGAGCUGCAGGAGGCGCAGCAGCAGAUUCUGAUGCUGCAGGUAAGCAGUGAACGCAGUAAAGCUGGAGCUGCUGGACUUGUGCUGAAAGUGAGUAGAAAAGAGAAAGUACACUUUGUCAUUUAUCCUGAAACAUGUUGACCAGUAAAAGACCCAUGAAAUCAGUGGUGUAAAUUUCACUGGUAAAACAUCUCAUUUAAGAUGUUUUCUCAUCUGUAAAUACUUCAACUGGAUGCCUGGUCAUUAAGUUAAUGGUUUUUAAAACUUUAGUAUUUAUUGGGUUUCCAUCCAUUCUCUAUACACCGCUUUAUCCUCACUAGGGUCAUGGGGGGUGCUGGAGCCUAUCUCAGCUGACUCGGGUGAAGGCAGGGGACACCCUGGACAGGUCGCCAGUCUGUCUCAGGGCUACAUAUACAGACAAACAAUCACACUCACAUUCACACCUACGGGCAAUUUAGAGUACUCAAUUAACCUCAGCAUGUUUUUGGACUGUGGGAGGAAGCCGGAGUGCCCGGAGAAAACCCACGCAUGCACAUGGAGAACAUGCAAACUCCAUGCAGAAAGAUCCCUGGGGAUCUUCUUGCUGCAAGGCGAAAGUGCUAACCACUACUCCACUGUGCAGCCCUUUAUUGGGUUUGCAUCUCUGUAUUUAUAUAUAUAUAUAUAUAUAUAUAUAUAUAUAUAUAUAUAUGUUUAUUUGACAGUUGUAUGCAUGUUGUGUGUUUGGCAUCUUGUUCCAUGUGGAUGAUCCUUUUUGUCCAAUUUCUGCCAAUAACAGGUUCUAACUUUUUGGCUACAAGCAAAGUAAAGCUUCUUACUAAAGCUACACUGCAGCACAUUUGUUUGCAAUGAUGUCUUUUAUUGUUGUAGUUCCAUGAUCUCAGAAAGGUUGUAGUUCACUGCAGCUUCUCCAGACAGAUUUGUGUCCAGUAUAGUUGCUGGGUGGUCCAUGUUACAGUCUCCAUCUCCAUCUCAUGAGCUGUCCUUGUUUUUGAUGUCCUGCCAAGCUUUCGGUUCCUUUCCUCUUGUUUCCUUUUCGUCUCUUCUACCUGUGUGUGUGUGUGUGUG